AUGUGUGAUACAUUGGUAGACUAUUCUCAAGUCAAGAAUUUGAAGAUGCUCAGGGUUUUGGCCUCCCAAAGUUGUUAUCCCAAAUUACCUCUGGGAUAUGUCGGUAAGCUUAUCCAUUUGAGAUGUUUGAGAUUGAGAGGUCAGAGUAUAAACUUACCAUAUUCCUUGGGCAAUUUAAAGUACUUGGAAACUCUCGAUUUAUCUGAUAGUGAUGUUGGUAAAAUACCGAACGUGCUAUGGAAAUUGAAACGUUUGAAAUAUCUUUAUCUUCCGGACCUGCAAGAGAGAUGGGAACCUUUGAAAUAUCCUGAUUUUCUGGACCUGCAAGAGAGAUUGGAACGUUUGAAAUAUCUUUGUCUUCGGAACCUCUGGUGGCCCCCUCAGUGUUGUAAGCUACGGUUGAGCGAGCAGUUGGAGAUACUUGAAUCAUUCGAUAACGUAUUUUGCUAUCCAAAAGAUUUAUGCAAAAUGUUGAAUCUCAGAUCUUUCAAAGCAAACGUGUAUAAAAAUCUCGAGGACCUGGAACACAUCAUCAAUCAUAUAUCAAACUUGGACUGCUUGUGCAUCAGCUCACUUACAAUCAAUGACUUUGAUUUUGGCAGCAACAGGGGUUUGGAUGUUCUUUCAAGGGUGUUGUUUAGUAGGAAAAUUCAUGAAUUAGUGAUCGACGAUGGUAUAUGCAAGAAGUUACCGGAUUACCAAUCCCAUAUGUUUCCUGACCCUGCAGGACUUACUCAAUUAAAGCUGCGUUAUACUAGAAUUAAGGAAGACCCAAUGGGAACACUCGAGAAGCUUCCUAACUUAAGAAUACUGGAAGUUGGGUCAUUUUCUUUUCUGGGCCAAAAAAUGACCUGCCAUUCAGGGGGAUUUCCCGAACUAAAACAUCUCAGGCUUGAUUAUUUGAUUUACUUGAAGCGGUGGGUGGUGAAAGAAGGGGCCAUGCCUAAGCUCUCAAGUUUAUGGAUUGGGGAGUGUGAAGAAUUGGAAAUGAUUCCAGAUGGGUUGAGAUAUGUAACCACCCUAAAAGAGGUAUCUCUUGUGGACAUGCCUGAAGAAUUCAACAAUAGAAUUAGGGGGGUGAAUGGUCAACAAGGAGAAGAUUAUGAUAAAAUAAGGAAGGUGGCUUCAGUUAAAAUCCUCAGUUAUUAG